GUCUCACCGAGACCGAGUCAGAUGUGCACAGUGUCACAUUAACACUUUUUAAAGGCUAGCCAUAAAUAAACCAUGCUGGGUAGAGUUACAGACACCUGUGGGUGCUGGUGGUUUAUGUGCGUUUUGACGACAGAUUGCCUACAUAAAAAGGGUGGAAGUGAAACUUUAAGUGUCAGUCGCUGUGUCACACCAGAGUCAGUCAGAGAUGGAGAAGUUUAAGACUGUUAUUGACAUUGCCAACAAACAGGCUAACCUGGGUUUCGGGUGUGUCGCUUUGCUGACAGCAGGAGGGGAGCAUGUCUUCUCCUCAGCGGUGUUCAAGUGUCCCUGCAACGACCUGAACUUCCUCUACGGCAUGGUGUUCCUGCUGGUGCCCGCUCUGGCUCUGCUGCUGCUGGGUUACACCCUGAGUAAGAGGACGUGGAAGCUGCUGACGGGUGUGUGUCAGCGCAGGGCCAAGCUGUGCCGCUGGAAGAAGCUGACUAACCUCUGCAGGGUCUUCAUCCAGAUCAGCACCAUCGCGCUGGUGGCGCCCUCCACCUGGAUCGCUAUGGCUCUGCUCAACGGGAAUUACUAUGAGUGUGCGAUGACCGGGACCAAUGUGACCACUUAUAACAAACAUCUGUGUGGAGAUCAGUUGUCUGGGUUCCGGUGUGUGCAGCAGCUGCCCAGCCUGCCCUGCGGAAAGGGCAUCAGUGAAGACAGAGAACAUGUUCUGCUCAGACUCAGAGCUCAGUCUCAGAUUCUGGGUUGGAUGCUUAUCACCUCUAUCAUGCUGUCCCACCUGCUGCUGACCUGUGUGAACCGGUGCACCUCCCCCAUCAGCUACCUGCAGCUCAAGUUCUGGAGAGCGUACGUUCAGGAGGAGAGCAGCCUGUUUGAUUCAUACUCUUCUAAACACGCCAAAGAGCUUGCUGACAGGAACCUGAAGAGCUUCUUUAAGCGGACAUCACCUGAAGAUAUCAUCACCCCUUCCAACAAUGACUGGGAGAAGAUCUCGUCCCUCUACAAGUUCAGCACCAAAGACCACUUCUAUAGCACCUUGCACCGGUAUGUGGAGGAAAACACAGGGAUGGAUAAAGAGAUGCACAGGAUGUUUUCAGUCAAAUCAAGCGAGCCUGCUGAAGACACUCCUGCUAUUCUUGAUUUUAUAGAUGAUGGCAGGAUGCCACUGUGAGGGGGUUUGUCUGUUUUGGGCUUACACCAAAGUGAUGCUUGAUUAAAACGUUAAAUUGGGAGUUGGUGAUUUUAGACACUUGAUACAUUUUCAAAUUAAGUGAAUAUCUCCUCAUAGUAUGCUUGCUGUCUGUGUGUGUUUUGAAAAAAGUCAUGUGUUCAGUGGCGGUUCUAGACCAGUUUUACUGUGGGGGCCAAGCAGGGGCCAGUGUUUAAUCAGAGGGGCCCAUUAAAAAACAGCAAAGAUUAUAUUUAAGCAUUCAAAACCUUUAUUUUAGCUCAUUUAAAAAUCUCAUUGAAGUAUAUUUGGAAGAUACACAUACACUGAUUGAAACAAUGACACCUACCAACAAUAAUUCUUUUUGCACAACAUUGACAUUUCUCAUUUUUGUGCACAAUUCCUUUUUUUUAUUUUGAAAGUGCAGUAUAGUGAGAAUUAUCUUUUUUUUAAUCUAUAUAUACAAAAUUAUAUUGCACAGUUAAACUAUUACACAAUAGACACAUUCUGGGUUCCUUUUGUGUACAAUGAGAUAUUGUUUGAACAAAAAAUAGGUAAGAAUUGUUCCGUCGUUCAUCGUUAUAAAUUGAUCAAUUUAAUAUUAAUUUGACACAGGGGCCACAGCAGGGGCCAAGGGCUUCUUCACAGGGGCAGUGGCCCCUGUAGGCCCCUGUGUAGAACCGCCACUGCAUGUGUUCAUACACAGCCCAGGCUCUGUACAUGGAAACAACAAAAGGGCUCAGGCUGACAGAGACAGUAAAUCAGUAACAUGCUAAUGUUCUGAAGGAGCACUGAUUGGAGGGGUUUUAUGUUUGGGUUGAAUUCAAAUACCAACAAUCUCAAUUCCUCCAGAAUCACAAUCACAAUGACAUCGACUCCACCUUAAAGAGAUCAAAGAAGUUAUGAAGAAUUAUCCCGAGAGGGAUACCAAAAUUGUUAAAUAAUAAAAAAUAAGAAACCCUGGUGAGUAAAGACAAACUUAAAAGAACAGAAGAGUUGGCAUUUGGUAACAUGACUGACAGCAGACUGCUGGUAUCACUUUUAAACGACAGCAACAAGGCAGACAUCAUGAGAGCUGUCAGUGUGAACUAAACAGGAAAUUUGCUGUCUUCACCACUGGUUUCCUGUGCACUGCUGGUAGAUUGCAUAUGUACAGUGCAUGUACACAUUCAGCAUGUGAGCAUCAGUGAAGAAAUGAAUGUAUCAAUUUGUAACACUGUACCAUCACUGUGACAUUCAAUGACUUGAAUGAUGGUGUUUCUAUAGUGGUGGCAGAUAAUGAUGUGUUCCAUAUGCGUAGAGGAGAUUUAACCACUUCCUGUAGAAGGCACUCAGCGUGUUAAGUCGGAGCAGUCAUUCUGAUGGAAUGGAAAAGAAAAACCACCAAGAGGAUGUGAUCACUUCCUCAGUUUACUCUGCUGAUGCUUACUGUCUCUGCCUCUCUCUGUCUCUGCAACAAUGGUAUGUUCUCUAUGGAAUCAUUUCAAUAGAAUGAAUGGAUGCUCUUGUUUUGUACGAUUUUCUGCAUGUUUGUGUCUUCUUUUGCACGUUUUGUCAUUCCGGAUACAAAUAGUCGAUAUCAUUCUUGUUAAAUGCACGCUGCUGUCGAGCUGAACUGACACUUGUUUGUUGUGUUUGAUGAUUGUGUGUGCAUGAAGACAAACAAAUGAAGUUGUCAUACUUCUUAUUUCUUGUAUAUAGAGACUGUUUUAUAUAAAAGUGAAUGGAAACACAAGCAUGAUUUGUUCAGUUUCUUUGGCGUGUUUUUGUGUUUUUUCAUCAGCAUGAAAUAGCUUCAGGCUACAUCCUGAUCACAUCACUGUCAAAGGAUGCAGACCUGCAGUCAUAAAAACAAAAUGCAA